CCGGCCACAACACCCAAACUUGUUCCGUUUGCAAAGUGUUUUUGCAGCAUUUCAAAAGCCACUGUCAAAUACAAUGAUCAAUCAAAAUAGAAUAUAGAAUCCUUAAAAAUUUGAACAACUCUCAUAACAUAAAUUCCUUUGUUUCAACCUAUUAGGGGUUUGGUUUAUUAACGUCAUGGCCAAACCUCAUGAACUCAAACCAUUAUACGCAACACUUCUCAACAAAUGUUUUUCCUCGAAAAACAUAAACAGCCUCAAAAUAAUCCAUGCACGCACAAUUCGUUUAGGUAUUUCACACGAUGAUUUCAUUCGAACCAAACUUGUUUCUUGCUAUGCUUCAUGUUCCAAAUUGCACCAAGCAAAUAUUCUUUUUUCAUUCACAAAUCGCAAACCCACUUUCCUCUACAACUCUCUCAUUAGAGCCUAUUUAUCUCUCAACCUAUUUAAAGAAACGCUUUCGCUAUUUCGCGAAAUGAGGUUGUCUUAUAAACCCUUUGAUUGCCAUACUUUGCCGCUUGUGCUAAAAUCUUGCGCUGGUUUAUCGGCGUUAAGGCUUGGGAAACAAGUUCAUGGAGCUGUUUUGGUAAAUGGGUUUGCGUUAGAUUUGAAAAAUUCUAAUGCUUUGAUAAACAUGUAUGCUAAAUGCGGGGAGUUAGAGUUUGCGCGCAAAGUGUUUGAUGGAAUGUGUGAAAGGAAUGAGGUUACUUGGUCGACGAUGAUGGCGGAUUUUGGAAUGCAUGGUAGGUUUGAAGAGGUUUUUGAGAUGUUUAAUAGAAUGGUGGAAGUAGGAGAGAGGAUGGAUAGUGUGAGUUUUACGGUUGUUUUGACUGCGUGUAGUCAUGGCGGGUUUGUCGAGAAAGGGAGGGAGAUUUUUGAGAUUAUGAAGGUGAGGUUUGGGGUGAAACCUGAUGUGAGGCAUUAUACAUGUAUGGUGGAUAUGUUGGGGAGGGUUGGUUUAGUGGAAGAAGCAGAGAAGUUGACAUUGAAAAUGGAUGUUAGGCCUGAUGAAGCUUUGGUGGGUGCUUUGUUUGGAGCUUGUAAAACUCAUGGGAGGGUUGAUGUUGCUGAGAGAGUUGCAGAGAAGUUUUAUGGGACAGAGCUGAGUGUUGUUGCAUCCUCAAUUUGAAUUCAAUAUACAUGAUGUUUUCUCAUAACAAGACAAGGCUAUAUAUAGACUAUAGUUCAUUCUUUUAUAUCUUUCUAGCAUAUGGGACCUAUCUCAUCAUGGGUGCUAGAAAACCAACCGAGGUUUUAAUUUCCCUAUAGCUACAUGUAAAUGAGAUGAUAACUGUUGGUGUAAAAUUUUUCUCUUUCAA